UCUAUUCACAGGGCAAAUUAAAGUAUCAGAUUUUCAGUUCUACAUAUACAGAACUCGAUAACAAUGGCAGGUUCUGUUCAUCAUCACAGAGUAGUGCAGCCACAACACAUUAAUGGCAAGGCUAACAAAAAUAACAUGUAUAUCGAAUCACCAUACUAUGGUGGACAUGGCUUCUAUUACAAUCCUGUGGUUCAUCAAAACAUCGAAGCUCUCACUACUCCUCAAUGUGCUGUUUUCAAUGGCUUAGGCGUGAGUGGGAAUGGUUACUCAUCCGCUCAACCGCCGGUUCAAUAUCAAAAGCAUUGUAAUAGACCAUAUAGUGCCAACCGGAGCAACGGUUCAGCCACAUGGGUUCAAGUGGGUCCGAACCCAUAUUACAUGAACCGAGGCACCCAAACCAUUCAAGGCGAUGUGAUUCAGCGAGGUACCUUCAAUGGACGUGGCAAGGGAGCUAGGCUUUGUGGCCAUUUCUCGGUCUCUGGUGAUAUUAACUAAUUAAGUAACUUAAUUAAUUAAUCCAAUUUAAUACCUAAACUGUUUGGCAGUCAUGAAGAUAUUUAAUUAAAUGAAAUAAAAACUAUGUAAUAAUUCAUGAAUCGGUCUGGAAUUUCUGGAGUUAUUGAUUGAGCAGUGUACGUGUGUGGGUGAUUGUACUGAAUUUGUAUAACUACUUAAAAUAUGAGUUUGUGUUGGCUA